AUGGUCCGACGGCAUGACGCAGUCCGACUGCUCACGCGGAUACUGACCUCCUGUCUGGGCCUGGCUUCCGUGACGCCGGCGUGCUCGGCCCCACUUUUUGGCAUCACUGCAUCGUCACUCUUAGGCGAGGGGCCCAGCUUCGCUCCUCCGGAUGAAGACCCUUUCUACAUCCCACCAGCCUCAAUCCGGAAGGACAAACCUGGCACCGUCUAUCGAUCACGCAAAGCAGCGAACCCAGGUUCGGGGCGAACAGGCACUCAGAUUCUAUUUCGUACCAAUGAUGCACAUCACAGUCCGACUACGACCGUCACGACGAUUCUACAGAACGAGAAGUCUUCUCCGCAGUAUCUUGUUGCUUAUAAUAUGUACCAAGACGCAGCAGCACCCCAAUGUGCACCCUCCUAUUGCUUUAACACAAACUCGGUGCAGCUGUUUUGCCCGGACGGAGGUGAGCACAGGCGGAGGAGGUCGGCGGCCCCUUUCGGGACCUGAUAUGACUUGUUUCAUUCUUUUCAUUCUUUUGCGUUCGAAGACGAGCAGUUAAAGACGUUCAUGAAGUACGACUGGACCGUGAUCGUCACCGAUUUCGAAGGCAACAACUCGGCGUUCUCGGUGGGACACCAGGCAGGGUACCAGAUUCUCGAUGGCUAUCGAGCCGCGAUCAACUUUCUGAGACUACCUAAAGACGUGAUUAUUGGUGGCUCGGGGUACUCGGGAGGGGCGAUCGGGACCGGCUGGUCCGCGGCUUUGCACGCUACCUACGCCCCUGAGCUCAAUAUCCGAGCUCUUGCCUUCGGGGGCACGCCAGCGAACGUCACUUCAACGAUGAUCAAGGUUAACGGUGGCAUGUGGGCUGUAAGUAACUCUCAGGCAUACCACCGGUGCGCUUGUAUUGACUGCCCCAUGGCACCAUGCCUUCGGUCGCUGCAGGGGCUCGCGGUCAGCGGAAUGGCCGGUCACAUUGCGGCAUAUCCAGAACUGCAACCACUUUAUAAACGAGUAGCCACCAAGAAGGGGGCAGCCGUCUUAUCGAAAGCCAAACAGCAUUGUGCGGUGUGGGAUCUUGUCCACUUUGCCUUUGUGGACCUCCUCUCCACCGACUUCCAAUCAUUAGGCCCCGAGCUCCUCUACCAACCCUUGGUCGCCAAAUACCUGCAACUGUCUGUCAUGGGUUCAAAUGCCACCGAAACACCAAAGCAACCAUCCGUGUUCAUGUAUCUGUUGUGGAUUUGGACUUGGAGUACCAAUGAAUGA